CGUGGGAUCGACUCGCGUAUAAUCGCGCGCGCGCGCGCGACUUCCUCGUUGUAGGUUUCGGAGUCGUCGUCGUGCGUGCGUGAUAUCCGUCUCGCGCGGGUCGCGGAUGUGUGACGCGCGUGUCUUUACCGGGACCGCGACAGAGUGUGCAUAAAAUGGCACAGGACACCGACGACAUCAACCUCACGCCGCAGGAAUUGCAGACGCUGUCGGAGCUGGACAGCCGGCAGUUCGGUUUCCUCAAGCUGAACUCCCCGGAGCAGGCGAAGAGGAAGGCCCUGGUGGUGCGUGCCAUCAAAUACCUGGAGCGUAUGCUGGUUCAGGCCCAGACAGAGAAUCAACGCAGGAAAGCUGAUAGUACAAAAGCGUGCCCGGACGAUUCCAAGGAGAAUGAAGAUGAGGAUAAGGGAAUAAGCAUCGAUCCCAAGACGUACUGCAAAUUGGGACACUUUCAUCUACUAUUAGAAGAUUAUAGCAAAGCAAUGUCGGCAUAUCAGAAAUUCUACUCUUUAAAAGGCGACUACUGGAAGGAUGUUUCAUUUCUAUAUGGAUUGGGUCUCGUUUACUUCCACUUCAAUGCCUUCCAAUGGGCCGUGAAAGCGUUCCAGCAGGUGCUAUGGGUGGAACCAGGAUUUCCACGGGCCUGCGAGGUUCACCUACGGCUCGGCUUGAUGCUGAAGGUCCACGCUGAAUUCGACGCCGCUUUGAAGCACCUGACCCUCGCCCUGAUCGAUGCCACCACACCUGCUUCCUUCUCCAAGCUCGAGAUCAAGUUCCACAUCGCUCACUUAUACGAGGUUCAGGGCAAGUAUCGCCUAGCCAAGGAACAUUACGAGACCCUGCUGAAGGAAAAGCUGCCAUUGCAUCUGAAGGCCGACAUUUAUCGUCAAUUGGGAUGGAUGUAUCACGUGGUUGAAUGCACGGUGCUGGGCAUAACUAGAGCGCAGAAGCAAUUCACAGCUAUCCACUGCCUGCAAAAGUCCAUCGAAGCCGAACCCAAGAGCGGACAGAGCCUUUAUCUUUUAGGACGUUGUCUAGCUGCCUCCGGAAAGGUGCACGAAGCAUUUAUCGCAUACAGAAAUUCAGUCGAAAAAUCGGAAGGCAAUGCGGACACAUGGUGUAGUAUAGGAGUGCUAUAUCAACAGCAGAAUCAGCCUAUGGACGCAUUGCAAGCCUACAUAUGUGCUGUGCAAUUAGACAAAUCCCAUUCAGCUGCAUGGACUAAUCUAGGCAUAUUAUACGAAAGUGUUAGUCAACCGAAAGACGCCCUGGCCUGUUACGUUAACGCAUCCAGGGGAAACAGCAAUAUAGCGAAUUGCACGGGCCCAUUCGCGGGUCUGGGUGGCGUUAAGUCCGGUGGCAACAACCCGAUGAACCCGUCCCUCCAACAGCGCAUCAGCUUUCUGCAGAGUCACCUAAGUCAAGCACCAAUGCCUUCCGUUGCUAACAAGAGGCGGCAAUUGCCGUCAAUCGAAGAGGCUUGGAAUCUGCCAAUUAGCGCAGAGAUGUCCAGCCGGCAGCAGCAACAACAGCAGCAACCCGGCGGACCUUCGUACAAAUAUGGUGCCACACCGACUGGACCACCUCCGCCUUAUCCUCAAGCUCAGGGACAGAAUGCUAAGCGAUUUAAGACCGACGAGGUGAUAUCGGCCGUGCCGCAGCAACGGGCGCCGCCGUUUUAUCUAUCGCAGCAGCAACUACAAAUGCUGCAUUUCCUACAACAGAAUAUCAGUAGCUUGACACCGCAGCAGCAAAAUGUGCUUGUCCAGCUACAGCAUCAAUACCGUGCGAUGCAACAACACCAACAACAAAUUAGGCAGCAGCAACAAGCGGGGCAACGAGGCCUCAGGCCGGGACAGCCUGGUUAUCCCACGGCAUACGGCCAUCCUCAGAACCUUGGCCAAUCGUCGGGUGUUGUCAAGAAUUAUGGAAUACCACAACAGCCGUUGCAGCAAGGAGGUACGGUUGCGCUACAGACGGGCUUCUCCGACACCAAUGUCGGCUAUAAUACGGCGGCAACCGGAAAUACUACGCAGACAUAUGGUAGUCAGUAUCAGCAACAGCCGAAUCAGUACGCUGCUCAGGGUUACACGCAGGUCACGUCGGCGACAAGCGGUUACUCGGAAAGCUCAACGACGGCUGCGGCGAAUAAGGACAAUCUGGGCGUAACGGAUCAGGAGUUGCAAGCGCUGCUGUCACAAAAGGACAUAGCUACGUCGCUGGCGGAAGACCUGCUGAAGCACUUCGGUUCCGAUGAUUUGGAAACAGUUGUGAAGGAGGAACCAUCAAGCGGUGUCAUCAAUGACAACGGCACGUUGAGCUCCGGUCCGUUCUCGCCGUCGAAUCUCGAGGAGAAUGCGGCGGACAAGAUAAAGGAGGUGAAACUAGAAAAACCGGAAGAAGUGACUUCGCAGUCGACACAGUGUAAAUCAACUACUGAUGCUGUGACGACGAUCAUGACGACGACCGCGACGACGACUGUAACAACGGUGAAAUGUGAGACGACGGCGGUGAAAUGUGAGACGACGACGUCAUCAUUAUCCUCUAGUACGACGAUGACGACGGCAACGAACAAGAGCGAAGCGACUAAUAUUUCUAAGGCAGAGACGAUGAUGAAUCUGAAACUUGAGUCGUUGUGCGAAUCGCAACCGGAACAGGAAUUGAGCAUUGAAAUGGAUGCUAGAGCGUUGAUCGAGGCGUGCAAAGGUCGAGGUUUGAAAGGCGUGCCGAAUUGCUCGAUACUGAGCGAUCGUUCACCGCCGCCGGCACCGCCGGAUCCACCUAUUCAACGAAUACACUUGACGAAAGAACAGUUGUCGCCGCCUGCCCCCAGUGUCUUUCUGGAGAACAAAAAGGAUGUUUUCGGUCCGCAGUUGCAAGAAUUUUGUUUAAAACACCCGAUUGCUGUCGUACGUGGUCUCGCGGCAGCGCUCAAGCUCGAUCUAGGCCUUUUCUCAACUAAGACUCUAGUUGAGGCGAAUCCAGAUCACGGUAUAGAGGUACGCACACAAAUGCAGCAAACUAGCGAAGAGAACUGGGAUCCGACGCUCAACAAGAAAGUCUGGAACUGCAUUAGUCAUCGAAGUCAUACGACGAUUGCAAAGUAUGCGCAAUAUCAGGCAUCUAGUUUUCAAGAGAGUCUGAGAGAAGAGAAAGCGCAGGGCGGUGUACACGCUUCCAAUCUGUCAGAUUCGGACUCAAAAGACAGCACCGGUCAAACGGUUCGACGCAAAAAGAAUACUUUUGGUCUAGCCGGCCGACCAGGAACCAAGAUGUUACGUUUUGGUACCAAUGUAGAUCUGUCAGAUGAGAGAAAAUGGAAGCCACAGCUGCACGAACUAAUGAAGUUACCGGCCUUUGCCAGGGUGGUAUCGGCUGGUAAUAUGCUCAGCCAUGUGGGUCAUGUGAUCUUAGGAAUGAAUACCGUACAGUUGUAUAUGAAGGUACCUGGUAGUAGAACACCCGGACAUCAAGAGAACAAUAAUUUUUGUUCUAUUAAUAUCAACAUUGGACCGGGCGACUGCGAAUGGUUUGCGGUACCAGAUGCGUAUUGGGGCGUAAUAUGCUCACUCUGUGAGCGCAACGGCAUUAGUUACCUACAUGGCAGCUGGUGGCCGAAUCUAGAGGAAUUAUUCGAGGAAAACAUCCCAGUGUACAGGUUUCAUCAGCGACCAGGUGACCUCGUGUGGGUGAACGCGGGUUGUGUGCACUGGGUACAAGCGGUUGGCUGGUGCAACAAUAUUGCAUGGAACGUUGGCCCACUCACUGCCAGACAGUAUCAACUCGCGAUCGAGCGUUACGAGUGGAACAAGUUGCAAGCAUUCAAAUCGAUUGUACCGAUGGUGCAUCUUUCGUGGAACUUGGCGCGUAAUAUCAAGGUGUCGGAUCCUCGAUUGUUUGAGCUGAUCAAGAAUUGUCUUUUGCGAACGAUGAGACAGUGUUGCUUAAUACUGGAGUUUGUGAAGAGCAAGAAUGUGGAAGUGCGCUUCCAUGGCCGCGGCAAGAACGAGGCUUCACACUAUUGUGGCCAGUGCGAGAUCGAGGUGUUCAAUAUCCUGUUUAUCCGUGAACAGGAGAAGCGUCACGUAGUACAUUGCAUAGAUUGUGCGCGUAAGCAAUCUCCUUCAUUAGAGGGAUUUGUCUGUCUGGAGGAGUAUCGUAUGCGUGACUUGAUGGACGUUUAUGACGGAUUCACCUUGUAUACGCCGUUGGUCACCCCCACUAGCACAACUACCACUACUUCCUCGUCAUCGUCAUCGACAGUAUCGACGACAUUACAGACACAAACUGGCCAGUCCUCCUGAGAUUACAUGCAACAUAUAUAUUUGGACUUCCCGAGUACAUUACAGCAAUAGUGAUCACUACCAUCCGGGAAAUGCGAAUUCUUUCCGGAUGGUGGCGAUCACUACUACUAGUGUUAGUCCUUUUGUCAAUGCGGGACGAGAAGACAUUUCGUACGAUAAGCAUUAUCCAUGUACCUGAGAGCUACGCGAAAAGAGGCGGGACCGGCUCCUUGAGGGCUCGUAGGCGACCGUCCGCAAAUAUAUAUCGCAUAAGAUGAGGUAAAAG